UGAUCUCGUUUGUGGUUCUUCUCUUAAUAUGUGUCAAGUUUGGUGUCUCUCAGUCUCCGGCUGAAGAAGUACCAGCUGCAAAUCCUGACGUUGGUCAAGCUGCCAUAGAAGACUUCGUAAAGGCUGUCAUGAUGCUUUCAUCUGUAGUCGAUAAAUUAAAUGGUUUACAAGAAUCUGAAAACACUUUAAAAAAUGUAUUCGAUGAGUGCAAGUAUCUGAUUGGUAAAAGUCAAAUACCGUUUUGUCGCUUAAAUCCAGCACAAGCAUUUUCUGAAGCUGAAGACGCCUAUCCAAGUAGUUGCAAAGAAAUUUUGAAAAGUGGUAAAACUAAGUCAGAUGUGUACAUAAUCAAACCUAAAACAAGUAAUAAACCUUUUGCUGUGUUGUGCGAUAUGGAAACUAAAGGGGGUGGUUGGACUCAUAUUCAGAAGAGGUUUGAUGGAUCCCAAGAUUUUUAUCUACCUUGGAGAGACUAUAAAUUUGGUUUUGGUGAUCUUAUGGGCGAAUUUUGGAUUGGGUUGGAAAAUAUGCACCACAUGACAGCUUUUGAAAGAAACGAACUUCUGGUAGAACUAACUGAUACAGACCAAACGAAGAGUUACGCCCAAUACGCUUCGUUCUCAAUAAGCAACGAAAAAGAUGGAUACAAACUGAAUAAACUUGGAGGAUAUUCAGGUGACGCGGGGGAUUCUCUAUCACGUCAUCUAUAUGCAAAAUUUUCAACUCUCGAUGUGGACCUGGAUAAUAGCACCACCACAAGUUGUGCACAAGAGUUCGAGGGUGCUUGGUGGUACGAGCAUUGUCAUCAAAGCAAUCUAAAUGGGAAAUUUUUGACUGUGGUGCUCCCUGGUGGAAAGAAUGGUCAUGGUCUAAGCUGGCACGCUUUGAAAAAUUCGUAUGAGAAUUUGGCAGGAUCAAGAAUGAUGAUACGACCAAUUUUAAAAUAAAACAUGUUUUCCCGAAAAAGCAUUACAUUAAUGUUUUUGUUUAAAUUAUAAUAUACAGUGCGUUCAUAAAGUAACGCAUAAAUUCAUUAUUUCGUAAACCGGCGACUUCACGAAAAAAUCCCGAAACGGGUCGACUUUUUUUAAUUCACAAUUUUUAGGCAUAUAUAUCAUACUAGUGACGUCAUCCAUCUGGGCUUGAUGACAUAAUCGAGGAUAUUUUUAAGGAGUCAUGUGACAGUUAACUUGAAAUGGUAUUCAAUUAUCUAUUCACUAAUAUAAAUAUUAACAUACCUAUUUAUACAGGGUGUUAAAAAAAUUUAAUUACAUUAAUUGAGACAAAAAGAAGAAUGUCUGUAAUUUACUUAAUUCAAAAUACGUUUUACUGUUAAUUUGAAAUUAAAAAAAAAUGUUAAUUUCACAAAUAAAUAUUGCUUUUCACUUAAAUCCAAUGUUAAAUCUGCAACCACCUGCCUCUUGGCAAAUUGAACAUUUCAUUUAAGCGAAAAUCUAUGUUUAUUUGUCAAAUAAACAUUUUUUGUUUUUAGUUUUCUGACAACAGUUAAACGUAUUUUGAAUCAAGUAAAUUACAUACAUUCUUCUUUUUGUCUCAAUUAAUUUAAUUACAAACCAUUUUUUGAACACACUGUAUAAAUAAUUAUGUUAUUGUUUAUAUUAGUAAAUAGAGAAUUGAAUACCCUUGCAAAUGAGAUAUCACAUGACCCCUAUUCUCAUUUAAAAACAUCAUCGAUUACGUCAUUAAUCCCAGAUGGAUGUCGUCACUAGUAUGAUAUUAGAUGCAAAAAAAUCGUAAAUUAAAACUAAAUACCGACCGGUUUUGGGAUUUUUCCGGGAUGCCGCCGGUUUAAGAAAUAAUGAAUUUAUGCGUUACUUUAUGGACAAAACUACACAAUAAAUAUUAUGUUAAUAUAUAAAUAGUUCGAAUAAAAAUUUAACUACA